AUGAGGGCAACUGGUCCGACGGUACGCCGCCGCAACCAUGCGUGGCUGGAGAUGAGGCGUCGAGAGAAACAAGCGGGCCAGUUUGCUCGACGCCAACAACAAGACGACACCUCGGAUGAUGGCGAUGUCUCGGACAGUAACUCUGACGACAACUCUGUCAGCUCCCUCGACUCGCUCGACUCGCUCGACUCACUGGAUUCACUCAACUCAUCUGAUGACGAAGCCAACCCUCAGCCGACUCAGACACUGAGCCCCGUCAUUGCUGGCGCCAAGGCGCGCCCUUCCCUUGCUGCCUCCUUAAAAGCGCGCCCCUCUGUCUCUGUCUCCGCGAGCGUGCGGGCCCGGACAGGAAGAUGGAUCAAAUCCCUGCCAAGGGCAGAAGUAGCCGCUGGUGUAACGCUUGGGGUCGGUGAGCCCGGCGAGGAGGCCGGCGAGGUCGAGGACGGCCCUGAAGAUGAGGUUGAAUCCGAGUCUCUCUCUGAGUCGGAUGGGAUCGAGUCUGAUGGCGAUGAGUCCGGUAGCGAAGAGUCGGUCGAGGAGUCCACAGCCCCUCCGGCCAUCACAACACUCCCACCGGCUGGAGUAGCCCCGCCGCCUCCCGCAAUCACCUCUGCCGCAGAGACACCGACCAUCAAGCCACCGCCACCACCUGCCGACAUUACUAGCACUUCGGUACGCCAGCGUUCCUCUACGGUGACCUCAAAGAGGGACUCGUCGGACGCCCCGGACUCUACAGGGGCACCACCGCAACUAGCUCCGAUCGUCGUUCCAUCGGGAAGCAGUAGCUCGAGCCUCGACGACCUGAUAACGUCGUUGACGACCACUUCGUCGCAAAUACCAUUGACAUCCGCAGACAGCUCGGUCGUGCCUACCGUCCCGGUGACUGGGGCCACACAGUCCGAAGAAGCCCAGGUUGAGCCGCCAAACAGCCAACCCAACGAGCGGGAAGGACUCGGUAUCGGCGGCGCGCCAAACAAACUCAACUCGGGUGCCGUAGCCGGAAUCGUGCUCGGAGUGCUGGCCUUGGUUGGACUCCUCGCCGGAGCUGCUCUCCUCUGGCGCAAACGCCGCCGCGACCGCGGCCUGCCCUUCUUCCCGCAAACCCGACUCCGCCUAGGCGACGAUGACGACGGAGCCCACCCCGGCUCCGUCACCGGACCCCUCCCGGGCAGGAUGAGACAGCCAGAACGACAGACCAAGACCAACACGCAGAUCAUGGACGACCUCAUGAAAAGCCGCCGAGCCGUGCCCCCCUCCCCAACGCCCACCGCCCAGAAACCCGUCAUGCGCUGGCUCGACGGCGUGCGCACGCCGACCCAACCCAACGGGCCCGAGAUCCCCCCCACCCCGGCCAUGCCCCCCUCCGCCACCAUGCCUAGCGGCGGCGGACGCGCCCUCGACCCGCCGAGGCCGGCGUACUAUGGUAGGGAUACCAUGGACGACGGAUACCACGAAUACGAGCGCGCAGUCGCCAAUGUGACAGGGAAAUGCUAUCCGCGAUACCUCCGGCCAUGGAAAGAGUUCGACCAAAUCCACGAGGAGAUUUUCGCAAAGCACGAACGGAUGUUGGGCCAGCAGAGACUGCUGCCUCCCUUCAUGGAUCUAGAAAUGCAAGGCCGCCGAGUGAGGCGUGGCAGAAAGAUAGCAGGCGAAAGAGAUCUGAAACGAUUCUCAUCGCUCGCUCUCGAGGGCUGCGUCGAUGACGUUCUAGAUCGGCUCGUUGAGCCGGGAGAGGCAGGACAUGACGGUGCACUGCCGCCUAUUUAUUCUCAGAUUCUGCCUGGAUCAUUCGCAGCCGGUCGCCAGGCGACCCUCGGUGCGGAACAGGGCCCCGAAAAGCAGGUGUCGCCCGAAUUCAUGAAACUCCACCCAGGCUUCUGGUGUUUCCGGCACGACGACGACGAUUCAAUGGUCCCGCUAUUUUUCAUCGAGUACAAGGCUCCGCAUAAGGUCGACAAUGACGUGUUGCGCAAUAUACUCCCCGCGAACGAGAUCGACAUCGCCAAAAUUUUAACGCAGGCGUUUGACUACAUGGUUGACUAUGGCCUGCAGUACAGCUACGUCAGCACGGGUUUGUCGCUCAUUUUCCUGUAUCUUGAGCCGGGCGAGCCCACCACGGUCUACUACCAUCUUGAGCAGCCAAAGACGGACGUCACGUCGACGAACCGUGCCGGUCUCAAACACAUGGCUGUUGCAUUGAUCCUAACGGGUGUGCAUUUGUCGCUGGGGGGCGAGUAUAUGAAACAAAGCUGGAAGAAGCAGGCCAAGGAAGUUCUGUGUAGGUGGCCUCAGCCCUACGACGGCAUGGCGGCCUGUGGUAUGAAACAAGACGAGUAUGCGAACCUGACGACGAAUAAGCACCCAAUUUCGGCGGCCGAAUUCCGCUCUAAGAUGGUGGAACAACUCGCCCGGACCAUUGAUGAGGACUGUCAUAGCCUCGAACGCUAUGGCAUGUUCGGCGGAACGGGUGCCAUGUUCAAGGUCACCCUGGGGGCCUACGGAUACUGCCUCGUAGCCAAGGGUGUACAGCGUCAACACCGCCCGCGCCUCGACCUAGAAUCCCUGGCAUACGAAUGCCUCGAGUCCUGCCAAGGGGCGUUAGUCCCGGUAUGCCUGGGUAUCAUUGACUUGCAGGAUGAGUACCACAACAUGUUUGGCGCACACUUUGCCCACAUGAUGCUGCUCUCGUACUGCGGUGCCUCGCUGUGGCAUGUCAAUCGAGACAUACAACAAGCUGCCGCUAGGAAAAGGAAAGGCGACGAGAGCGCCGACAGCGAAGUCGAAGCCCGGCCUAAAAUGCUGCUCGAGGAGCAGGAGCGGACGCUGACCGACCUCACAAUGCCGAUAAAACCAUGGAAUAGGGAACGUAACGCAGCAAUUCUGCGUCCAUGUCGUUUGCGCCGUGUUGCCUUGCAAAGGCUUCUAUGA